CACUGGCGGUAGGAAUGGCGGCUAAGAUUACUAGAGGAAGGAGCCCAAAGAAUCCAUGAAACUUUACUUCUAACGGCCCCGCUGAGGAAUUUGUUUCCAGCGAAACACAGAAACACCAUCCCAUGACGGAUUACAGGGACAAAGAAGCGCUAUAACGUGAGAUAAACGCGGUUAGUUGUCCAGCUUUGAGAAGGUGGACGCACUUUGCUAGUUAGCUUAACGUUAACUGCCACUGACUUUGAUUCAAGGUAGCUGUUAGCUCGCAGUACAGAUAGCCAGCUGUUGGCUACUUUGCUUGGCUGGCCCAACAAGUUAACUAAGUCAAUAACAGUAUGAAAACAUUCCUCAUUUGAGUGGUGAGUAGCUGUCACUGUGAACAGAUAGUGUUGGGGGCUUUUACAGAGAGUAGGCUCAGACGACAACAGCGCGUUGGGAACAUUAUUCCUGCUAACCUAGCUAGUGCUGGAAGGCUAGCUAAGUUUGAAGUCUCGCCCAUUUUUUUUUGGUCCUGCCCCAGCCAUUGGCUAAGGGCUCAUCAACAGCCAAGUAGCCCGGUUUUCAGGGUCGAUUGGUACUACGAUGGAAAGCCUAACGCUGACUGAUUUUGAGCAGAAAUAUUAUUCGGAUUUGUUCGCUUACUGCGACACGGACAACACCAAAAAAGUCGCUUCCAAUGGGAGAGUUCUUGACCUUUUCCGGGCGGCCCAGCUACCCAGCGAAGUUGUCCUGCAGAUAACAGAGCUUUGUGGAGCCACUCGGCUGGGUCACUUCGGGCGGAGCCAGUUCUACAUCGCUCUGAAGCUCAUUGCCAUCGCCCAGUCCGGUCUGCCCCUGAGGGUGGAGAGCCUCAACUCGGUCAAAGACCUGCCGCUGCCCCGGUUCGUGGUGGGGAAGAACGAGGCGGAGGCGAGGCACGCAGCGCUGUACCAGGACACGGACAGUCAGGGGCUGUACCCGGCCUCUGCUGCUGCAGUGAUGCCCAGACCACCAGGCAGGGUCAUCCACAACAAGAAAGGACCCCCACCAACCACUUCACUUCCUGUCCACGAGGUCAUCCAGCCCCUGGCACCAAGUAUAGAACCACAGCCCGAGCCAACGUCCCCGGUGGUCUCCCCUCACCAGUCUCCCCCCACCUCCCCUCAAUCGUGGAGGAAACACAAGCGGCAGCCCAGCGGAGGGAACGCAGACAGACAGCCGGUCGUGGCUCCAGCCGGUGCGGUGUGGACGCAGUUCAGAGAACCACAAGCAGUUCCGGUCCCCGGUGAAGGGAUGUGGCCGUCUCACUCGCCCCCGCCUCCGGGUCAGGAAAGUUGGGUCAGUUUCACAGCGGACACGCCGCCAUCCAGCGCCAUCCCAGGAAUGCACCCCUCAUCAGUCCAGGAAAGCACAACGAUACGAACGGUGGCCUCAGGAGCAACAACCAAUGAGAUCCAGCGACAGACCAGCGGCUACGAUGAUCCGUGGAAGAUCACGGACGAGCAGAGACAGUAUUAUAUUAACCAGUUUAAAACCAUCCAGCCAGACCUCAACGGCUUUAUACCUGGUUCGUCUGCAAAAGAGUUCUUUACCAAAUCAAAACUACCCAUUUUAGAGUUGUCACAUAUUUGGGAGCUGUCAGACUUCGAUAAAGACGGGGCGCUCACCCUGGAUGAAUUCUGCGCCGCCUUUCACCUGGUCGUGGCCAGGAAAAAUGGAUAUGACCUCCCUGAGAAGCUGCCAGAGAGCCUGAUGCCAAAGCUGAUUGACCUGGAUGACUCAGCAGAGGUCCCGGACCAGGCUGCUGACGUUGGGUACUCGGGCUCCCCGGUGGAGGUCACCCCCAACAUCCCCUCCAUGCCUUCACUCAACCAGGCCUGGCCCGAGAUGAACCAGAACAGCGAGCAGUGGGAGACGUUUAGCGAGCGCUCCUCCAGCUCACAAACUCUGACCCAAUUUGACUCUAACAUUGCACCAGCUGACCCUGACACGGCCAUUGUCCACCCGGUCCCCAUCCGGAUGACACCCAGUAAGAUCCACAUGCAGGAGAUGGAGCUGAAGAGGACCGGCAGCGACCACAACCACCCGACCAGUCCGCUGCUGGCUAAACCUCCAGAACUGUCCGAAGAAGCCAAACUACCGUCAUCCAUGAAGUUUGUAGCCGCCAACGCUGUAGGUGACGGCUACAGCAGUUCAGACUCCUUCACCUCAGACCAGGAGCCAAUCACAAGACAAAGGUCUCAUUCGGGGACGUCUCCAGAGACUCUGAAGGUAGUAGCCCCUCCUCCGCCUCCCCCCCGCCCGCACGCCUCUCACUCUCGCUCCUCGUCUCUCGACAUGAACCGCACCUUCGCCGUCGUGACCGCUGCAGGACAACCACCAUCCUCAGCCAUAGCUUACCCGCCCGCCGUGCCUCCGCGACCCCUACCCACACAGUCGUCAGCGCCACACACCGGGCUUCGCGGGGAGGCUGAGGUUGCACCAGGUGGCCCUACGGUUCUCACCACCACCUCCCCCCAGAUUCCCCAGCAGCCCAAUUUCGCAGACUUCAGUCAGUUUCAGGCCUUCGCUGCGACUGACCAGCCUUCCAGCCUGCCGGACGUCGACAUCCACAGUGAGCCGGGACAGGUGGAGAAGCCUUCAGAGGGCGCCGGCCCUUUAAGAACAGUGAAGAGUGACGGCCAGGCAGACGAGAGGGUCCCAGCUACUGUCAGCUCCGCCAAAUGUUCUGGGUCUGGUCCGUUAGGCCCGCCUCCCAAACCUGUGCGCCGAAGGUUGAAAUCUGAAGACGAGCUGCGACCAGAGGACGAGCAACCCGGCCCGCAGAAAUCCAACGUCAUAGCUGCCGUCCUGGCCACUCAGCCCACCAUCCCCAGGUCGGUUGGAAAGGACAAAAAGGCGAUUCAAGCUUCUAUCAGAAGAAACAAGGAGACGAACACAGUGUUGGCACGACUUAACAGUGAACUGCAGCAACAGCUGAAGGACCUGCUUGAAGAGAGGAUAUCCCUGGAAGUGCAACUGGAGCAGCUCAGACCUUUCUCUCAUCUUUAACCAACAUGAGGAGGAAAACUCCUGCUGUAGUUUAUCUGAAGCGAGGCUGUGGCUCUCGUUGUGACUCCCCACCCCUCACACCUACACCUCUCCCUCCUCCCCACUACCAUCUCAGCUUCCCUGGAGGCUCCGACCCCCUGCAGGGUGCUCCGUUAAAACUCAAACGCUCCAUCACACACACACAUCGUAAACCAGAAGCACCUGAGAGCACAGAUUCACCAGGAGGAGAAGGAGGUGAAAGGAGCAUGGGGUGGGGGGGGGAGAUUACACAAACUGGCACUUUUCAAUUUCUGAGAAACGGUUAGGAGUGGCGGACAAAACUGCGAGUGCUGUCUGAAGACAAAACUGCUGGUGUCUUAUCACUUUGUGAAUGUCUGAAGAAGAAAGGUGUGUGUGUUUGUGUGGCUGUGUCUGUGUGUGGCUGUGUUCCUGUUUAGUGAUUACUUGAAGCUAGCACCAAUGUGUUUGAUCUGUCUUGGGGUACGGACUCCGCCACACCAAACUCCUAUGAAAAAUCAGGCACAUUUUAAGGAAGCAGUGUAGUAUUUUUGGGGAAAUACUUAUUUACUUUCUUUCCGAGUUAGACGAGAAGAUCCAUAUCAUUGACAGAAAUGGAGUCUGUGAUUAGCUUAGCUUAGCAGUGGCUAGCUUUGAGGCUUUCAAAACAUCUACACCAGUCAUCUACAUCUGCCUGGAAGCAGGAAUGGUAAAGUGACUGGAGUUUGGUGUAGCCCGUCUCCAUUAAAAACAGUGGGUGUGUGUGCGUGUGUGUGUGUGGCCUUACACGGCUAAAUCAUGGUGAAGGCUUGUUUUGUUUUUGUUUGACGCAUCCUGUGACAUGAAUUCAGCCCGCCUCUCUCUUCUUACUGCCCCCUUGAAGUCUACGUGUGUGUGUGUGUGAGAGAGUGAGUGAAUGUGUUGUUUCUCUUCAUGUUACACAGUGUUUGGGGUUUGAUGUGACUGAAUGGUUUAAACUUUAUGCCAAAUGACUGAACUCCGCUCCCUCGCCUCUAUUCGGGCUGUGUUUUUAAAAUAGAAAUGCAACCUCCUUUCUUUCCUUCAGGUUUCUCUCGUGUGUGAACAUCUCAGCUUUCUUUUUUUUUAAACCUUUAUUCUUCAGUUGCUGCAGUUAUUUCCAAUCUUUUACUUUCACAUUGACGGGAUACCAGCCCAAACACACGUUCACUUGAAGGGUUUGAAGAUUUUCCAGCUGCUGCACUGCAGGGGGCAAAAUUUAUGAAGAAUUUUUCUCGUGAUCAGCAAACACGCAUGCACAGAUUUAGAGUUACAGAUGUUGGUUUGAGAAACUCAGCGGUUUUCUGAUCGGGCAGAUGGCACUAUGCAAGUACGGGCGAUACAUCCUCACAACUAUACUUAGCUGUUUGUACUAUGAUAGUAGCAACUGUGUGAGCAGCAUACUCUGGUUUUUGUAUCGUAGAUCUUCCAGAACACCAUUUACUGUAUGUUUGUGAUUCAAUCGGCCUUUUUUCUUUCUUUCUGGGGCUUCCCCUGCUCCCCCCCUGGUUCCAGAGGGAAGUCCAGAUCAGUGUUUUAUCAGGACACUUUCACCCUAAAUGUGCAACAUGUGACCAUGGCAAGGUGUAGUUGAAGCUCACUACAGACGGAGACCAGUCGACAGAAAAGGAGACCUGAAUGACCCAACUGCACUUUGAACCCAACCCCGCCCCUCGCUCCUCCUCCUUUGUAUUUUUACUUGUUACAUCCCUCUUCCUGCUUUCUUUUAACUCUUGCAUGUUGUCUUUCACGCGUAUUUAAAAAAAAAAGAGGAUGCUUUAAGAAGAAAAAUAAUGAACCACUCAUUUUAUUUCUUCACCUUGGAAACUGGAAGGUUUUUCGUGCCGGUAUCCUAAAAGUCUUGUUGGGUUAAUUAUUUUUUAUAAGUGUUUUGUCCCCGGAGCUUCCUGUGUGUCUGAAGAAUCUGUUCUUCUAAAAGCCUUACUCCCCGACUGGCGUUCAGGUUUCCACUGUGGCUGACUGACCUCUCUUCCUUGUCGUAUCAAGGCUCGCCUUCUUUUUUCUGCUGUUGAGGACGAUGAUGUUCUUGGUGUGUGUGCGUGUGUGUGUUAUAUCGUUUCCAGACCUGGAACUAAUACCAUUCGAAACCCUAUUCAAAAACCUUCAUGCAGGAUUGAUUUAUGUUUGCUAGCACAACAGCUCCCCGUUCACCCUUAAAGGCAAUCCAGGCAGGCAGAAGCAAUCACCUCUGAGUCUUUGAUGGGAUUUUGAAUACUAUUUGCUCCCAGAUCUGUGUUGUAUAUUGUAUAUGAUACACACUUUUGGACUCAUAUGUACAUUUGCAUUAAUUGCUGACUAACAGCGAAAGAAUAUUCUAUUUAAUUCCUUCUCUCUUGGCUGUGGGAUCCUAGAUGUUUAACUGCAUGGAUGUACUGUAUCUCUGCAGAGUCAACUAGCAGCUGUGUGAUUUUUACACAAAAAUAAAAACGGCACAAUAUUUUAAA